UUUCAGAAGGUUGAAAUGAGGCAGGGGAACUCAACAGUGCCAGCUGAAUUCAUUCUGACAGGAAUCACAUACAAGCCUGAGCUGCAGCUUCCGCUUUUGGGGGUCUUCCUAGUCAUCUACGCAGUUGCCAUGCUAGGCAACCUCAGCAUGAUCGUUUUAACCAAGCUGGACUCUUGCCUUCACACACCUAUGUAUUACUUUAUCAGACACCUGGCUUUCAUUGAUCUCGGCAACUGUACUGUCAUUUACCCCAAGAUGAUGGUGAAUUUCGUGGUGGAUCAAAAUGUCAUUUCCUACUAUGCUUGUGCCACACAGAUGGCAUUCUACAUUGCUUUCAUCAUCAGUGAACUUUUUAUUCUGUCUGCAAUGGCCUAUGACCGCUACGUGGCCAUCUGCAAUCCUCUGCUGUACGGUGUGAUCAUGUCUCACAGACGCUGCCUUGUUCUAGUGGGCAUCCCAUAUCUCUACAGCAUCUUCCAGGCUGUGAUGAUAACUAGUAAGAUUUUUACACUGACUUUCUGUGGUUCUAAUGUCAUUAGCCAUUUCUACUGUGACAAUGUCCCCAUGUUGCUGUUAUUGUGUUCAAAUGCACAGGAUAUAGAAUUAUUGAUCAUAUUAUUUUCAGCACUUAAUUUGAUCUCCUCCCUCUUUGUAGUCUUGGUAUCUUACUUUCUGAUUCUAUUGGCCAUAUAUGAAAUGCGUUCUACAGAAGGAAGAAAAAAGGCCUUUUCAACUUGUGGAUCCCAUCUGACAGUGGUGGUAGUAUUUUAUGGAACUCUACUUUUCAUGUAUUUGCAGCCCAAUUCCACGCACUCCUUUGAAACUGAUAAAAUAGCCUCUGUGUUUUAUACUUUGGUGAUUCCCAUGCUUAAUCCCUUGAUCUACAGCUUUAGAAACAAAGAAGUGAAAAAUGCCUUUCUAAGAAUCUUUAAGGACCAAUAUAAACUUUGUACUUGA